AUGGUCGCCCCAUGGCGCGACGCCUUGCGACGCCUUCGCGGCAGCGAGGUGUUCCGCCAGAACUUGGCCCUGGGCGCCUUCGCGGCCGCCAGGGCCUGGCGCCGGGCCUGCGGCUGGCUGCCGGAGAUGCGGGCAGCGGAGGUGAGGCCGGACCUGGUGAGCCACAACUCGGCCCUCGCGGCCGCCGAAGGCUCCGCGUGGCGCCAGGCGCUGCGGGGCCUCUGCGGCGCCAGGAGCUGCGCGGUGGAGCUCGACACCAUCAGCCUCAACAGCGCCGCGUCCAUCGCCGGCGCCGGCGGCGCCGGCGCCUGGCGCCGCGUGGCCCAGCUGCUGCCGCUGCUCGCGCGGGCCUCGCUGCGGCCGACGGCCGCUUCCUGCAACGCGGCCAUGGCCAAGUGCCAGGAGCGGGGAGACUGGGCCUCGGCCGGGCUGUGGCUGUCGAGGAUGCAGCAGGCAAACCUGCAGCCCACUGAGCGGACCCAGCGGUGCGCUGUAGGCUUCUGGGGGAUGAAGCAUUGGCAGCAGGCCUUCCUCGCCGCAUCGGGCCGCGGCUCCGCGAGCUUCGCGGGCGUUGCGGCGGCCUCGGCGCUGAACGCCGCGGAGACCGCCGCGGCGCGGAGCGGCCAAUGGGAGGCCGCCUUGGAACCCUUCGAGGCACUUCGCAGGAGGCGUCUGCUCGACGUGAUCUCUUGGAAUGCCCUGGCGGAUGCCAUGGCCAAGGCGGAGCGAUGGUGGUCCGCGCUGCAGCUCUUCCGGGACCUGCGCCUGGCGGCGGUGCGCGGCAACACCAACACCCGGAACUCGGCCAUCAGCGCGUGCGCAGGCUGCUGGGAGGCCGGGCUGGGCUUCGGCUGCGGCGAGGUGGUGGCGCUGAACGCGCGGCUCCGGGCGGCGGCUUGGCCCCGCGGGCUGCAGCUACUGCGCUGGGCGGCGGGGAGGUGCAUCGAAACAACCAUCAUCACCUUCAACUCCGCAGCAGCGUCCUGCCAGUCUUGGCGCUGGGCGCUUCUGCUGCAGCAGCGGGCGUCUCAGGCGUCGCUCAGCUGGAGCACGGCCUCGCGGCAUGCGCUGAUUGGCGCCUGUGCGGGCGCAGGGCUCUGGCAGCGCGCGCUGGGAUGGCUGCAGGGCUCCACCGCCAUUGGCUAUGUGACCAUCAUCGCCUCCCGAGGCCCCUGGCGCCUCUCCAGCACGCUCCUGUGGAAUCUGCAGCGGUUGGCCUCCGCGCCGGACCGCCUGACGCGAGACAUGGCGCGGGACCCCGGACCCGGCCAACCCCAUGGGCCUUGUGCGGUUUGA